UUCAUCCAGUCGUCACUGCACGCACAGGCAUCCUCUCACACUGCUUCUUCUUCCCCUUAUUGUCGCUCUUUAUACACGCCGUGCACGCUUCAAGAGCUUUUUUCUCAUUUUCAAGCAGUCGUGACUCUUUAUAUUAGAAGAACGUCGUUUAACGCUAAGAAAUAAUUGCUUUGGAAGGGUGAAGUUAACCAGCAAAUAGAAUCAUACCGGGGGUAGUGAAGUUGGCGGUGGAUGACAAGCUAGCAUUUAUAUGUCGUGUUUUUAAAUCGCUAAAAUGGAUGUAAAGUUAAAAGGCAAGUGAAUGGAAAAAAAGAGAGAAGGGGAUAAAGAGGCAUGAGGUCUUGUUUUUUUUUCCUCCUUUCUACAAACUACUAGUAAACAGUGUGCCCAGCGGGGAUGGCAGCUAUGGAGAAGUGGGUGGCGGUAGCAGCUGAAGCGUUAGCAGAAAGCUCAAUUCUAUUUUAGCCCCAAGUCCCAGUCUACGGUGCCGACAAGGCUCUCACUAGUCUAUCCGGUCAGGUGAAACGGUUCCCAGUGUGCCUCCCAGGCGAUGUGAUCCACUCACUGCAGGUGGACCUCUUUCUUCCAGGGGACUUGAGUGAUCCCCAUAAUGAACCGGCUCCGAUCCGCCUCGCCUCCUCGCUGAACUUUGUGCAAGGCCACUGUUCCACUUUUCUGCCACAAGGGAGUGAAGCUCCAAUUUGCCCGGGACACUGUGAUAGACGGACGGACGCACUGCCCCUGUGUUCUACUUUUCAUGGAUGCCCAGGUGGCUCUGCUGCACUUAUGGACAGUCCUUGUCCUGACAGCAGAACUAAAUUGGAUUGGUACUGCAGAGAUCUACACAAACGAUUGGGCUGUCCAUAUUAACGGGGGCCCUGAGGAAGCUGACCGCAUUGCAAAGGAACACGGUUUCAUCAACCAUGGCAAUGUUGUUGGAGAUUAUUAUCACUUCAGACAUCAUGCGGUGGAGAAGAGAGCAUUUUCCGGGCACGAGGGGAUGCACCUCAGACUACACCAAGAAGCACAAGUUCUAUGGGCAGAGCAGCAAGUGGUAAAAAGGAGGAAAAAGAGGGACGUCUUUGAAGACCCAACAGACCCGGAUUUCUCCAAGCAAUGGUACCUGUCCACUCCAACUCAUCAGGACUUGAAUACCAAAGUAGCCUGGGCUCAAGGUUACACUGGAAAAGGUAUUGUAGUGACUAUCCUGGAUGAUGGCAUCGAAAAAGACCACCCGGAUCUCAUCAAUAAUUAUGACCCCGAGGCCAGUUAUGAUGUUAAUGACGGAGAUGCUGACCCUCAACCGAGAUACACCCAACGUAAUGAGAACAGACACGGGACUCGAUGUGCUGGGGAGGUUGCAGCUGCAGUUAACAAUGGUGUUUGUGGAGUGGGUGUGGCCUAUAAUGCUAAAAUUGGAGGAGUCCGUAUGUUGGAUGGGGAGGUGACCGAUGUAGUAGAGGCCCACUCUCUUAGCCUCAACCCACAGCACAUCCACAUUUACAGUGCCAGCUGGGGCCCAGAAGAUGAUGGAAAAUCUCUGGACGGCCCUGCUAAGCUGGCCAAGGAGGCUUUUCAGCAGGGAAUCACCAAGGGCCGUGGCGGACUCGGUUCCAUUUUCAUUUGGGCCUCGGGAAACGGUGGCAGAGAGCAGGACAACUGCAACUGUGAUGGCUACACCAACAGCAUUUACACUUUAUCCAUCAGCAGCACCACGCAGUCCGGUAAUGUGCCGUGGUACAGCGAGCCCUGCGCAUCCACUCUUGCGUCCACCUUCAGCUCGGGAAACCCGGGGGAGAAACAAAUAGUGACAACAGACCUCAGGCAAAAGUGCACAGACACUCACACGGGAACGUCAGCUUCAGCACCACUGGCUGCUGGGAUUAUUGCCCUGGCACUGGAGGCCAAUAUGAACCUCACCUGGAGGGACAUGCAGCACUUGGUGGUGAGAACGGCCCGCCCAAGAAAUCUCAGCGCUGGGGACUGGAGGACCAACGGUGUGGGACGCAGAGUGAGCCAUUCCUUUGGUUAUGGCCUCCUGGACGCUGGCGCAAUGGUGGCUUUAGCACAGAACUGGACCAGAGUGGGGUUGCAGCACCAGUGUAUUCACACCAUGCUCACAGAACCAAGAGACAUCGGAAGCAAGCUGGUGUUUAGGAAGACCAUCGACGCCUGCUGGGGACGGCCAGACUACGUCAGCUCUCUGGAGCAUGUUCAGGCUCGGCUCACUCUCCUUCACAACCAGAGAGGCAAGCUGGCCAUUCAUCUCAUCAGUCCGCUGGGCACACGAUCCACCCUCUUGUUUGCCAGACCAAAUGACUUCUCUACCGAGGGAUUCAAUGACUGGGCCUUUAUGACCACUCACUCGUGGGAUGAGGAUCCUCAAGGGGAAUGGACCUUGGAAAUAGAAAAUGUUGCACCAAAUGGCCGUGACUAUGGUGUGUUGAGUCAGUUUAAUCUCAUCCUGUGGGGGACGGGACCCAGUGUGACCAGCCCCCUGUCGUCUGACUUUCCUCGGCCUUCCAACAAUAGCUGCAAGACGUUUGAUGCCCAGCAAAUCUGCAUAGAAUGCAGUCGUGGAUUCUCCCUCUUCCUCCAAGGCUGUGUGAAGUUUUGCCCUCCCGGUUUCACAUCAGGGCCCCAGCUCCUCAACCUCUCCCUGGAGAACUGGGUGGACCUGUCUUCCGUCCAAGCUUGCCUGCCCUGUCACUCCACCUGUCUCACCUGCUCCGGCGUGGGUCCCACGGACUGCCUUUCCUGUCCACCUCACAGCCAUCUGGUCCUCACUUCAUGCCUCCAUUUGAACCAGGUCCAACGCAAAUCCCCUUUAGCUGGAGGUGAGCCCGGAAGAGAUGUUCCAGCAGCAGAAGCAGAUGACAGUAAAAGAAGAGGAGGCAAGGAACCGCCUGACCUCAGCGCGUCCUCGCCUACUCAUCUUCCUGCCGUUGUGGCGGUGCUCAGCUGUGCCUUUAUUCUGGCGGCCUUUGUGGGAGUUUUUCUCUUCUUGCAGCUACGCUCAGGUGGCGCUUCGUCUUCUCGCUGGAGGACCAAACUGCCGUCUGUGUACUCCCACAUGAGGGGUGUGCAAGUGGGAUUCAGUUUCGGCUUGGGUCGAGGUCAGAAGCCGAAGGCUCGUAUUUGCUACAAGGGGAUCCCCACCGUGUGGGGGGACGAGGACGUGACCGCCUACGAGUCUGAAUCAGACGGCGAGGAAGUGGACGGUCACGGCGAAAGGACGGCUUUUAUCAAAACGCAGAGCGCCAUCUAGCUGACGCCUGCUGUCUGGUACCGGGAUGUCCAAUAAACGUGACUCGACGGAGAUGACACAUUUCAUGGAAAAAGGCCUUAUUGUUCCAUCAAUUUUUUUUACUGUAUAUUUAUUAAAAUAUGGUAAUUUAUUCUUAACUUACUGAUCAUCUAUUUAAGUCAGGAUGUACAAUGGCAGCUUAUUGAUAUUGACAGCACAUACGAGGAUUCCGCAAUAAAACAUGCUGUCAGUUAAGUUCCACAUUCGUUUUUUUUACACUGCUGAUAUGCUGGAGCCUAUCCCAGCUAAUUUUGGGCACAUCGAGACAACAAACAUUCACACUUAUGGACAAUUUAGAAUCGCUAAUUAACCAACAAAACAUGCUAACUCAAACAGGGAUUCGAACCCAGACUCUGCUGAGUGUGUGGCCGACAUUAUAACCACUAAGUCACAAGUCCGAAAUUAAUUCUCACCAAAAUUUUAGUUAAAGUUAAUUGUUGAAUAAGCAUAUUUUAGCUGGCUUUGAAUGGAGCUUAGGAUCAGCACUGGACAGCUCCUAUGCCUGGGUGCUGGGACACCCAAUUGAAUGUGCGUCAUCUGCGCAAAAGGCAACAAAUAUUGUGUAGUACAACACUACCAGUGCACUAAACUGCUUCAAAAAUACAUUUAAUAAUAGUACAAAAUAUUUUAUAAACAAUUUAUCAAGUAAAAAAAAUAAUUCAUAAUUCAAUUGGAUGUGUUCAGGUUAUCAUAUUUGAUACAUUACCUUGUAUUAAGAGAGUAUGAAUCAUUUUUGCCACAAUAGAACUAUUUUCCAGCGAAAAGACAUCCAUUCUACAAAUAAAAAUGUGCUUUAACUCCAAAGGUGCGGCACACAUGCCGAUGAAGUUAAUUAUGAUCAAUAUGUUUGCUUUAUCUUGCAGCCUGAGAUGAUAUCGAUUUAUCCUCAGACAUCCUGUAUCUCUGUUAAACAGAAGCUCCCUCCAGCAAAAUGCACAUUUUUUUAACCUUUUGGUGUGGAAAAGGUUGACCUGAUAUUUAAAAAAAAUAUAUGCCUAUAUAUUGCAUUUUAUUUAACUUUAUUGAACUUUUUUUACAGUUUGUUCUAAUUGUGGAGUUCCAUGCCAGAAUAAAAAAGAUUUUGUUGUUUGUGUAGACACACGAGCCUUCAUAAUGUAGCCUCUCCAACACUCAUGCUCUCCAAGUAAGCAGAUGGUUCUUAACUUGUCCGUGGCCGUGUUCCACCACUAAUUCCACUGCAGACGUGGAGCUGAAUCGCAAAACGGGAGUACUUCUGUCACCUGCUGACGAGUUCCUGUGCUGUGAUAUCAUGUUUUCCUAACACAACAUUUCCUCCUCGAAUGUCAAGAUGGGGAAAGUUUGGUUGGAAUCAGCAGCUCUCAUCUGCACUGUUGGUGGGGCGAGAGGC